CGGCAAGACUCCGCGCGUCCCGCGUUGAGCGAGCACGCCGCGCGCAGCGUAGCGUAUUUCACUUCGUCGGCCACCGGGAGUCGUUGGUCUCGUCUCGUUGCUGUUGCUCAGCUUAGCCGCCAGAGUCGUGUUUAGAGGCGCGCCGGUGCCGGUGGAGGAGGAGCAGUGCGACCCGAGUGCGACGUGACGAGGUCCUUGUGCGGGGCGUCGAAACGGUCGAAACGCCGCAGCACGCCGCGACGUCCUUGUCCUCGUGGACCGCUGGAACGCGAGUGCAGUUCGAGGCAGCAGGCCGAGCACGGCGUCGACGCCGAGAACCGCACGUGGGAGCACACCUGCGAGGCGUCGAGAAGCUGAUCCGUCCACGUCCAUGAUCAGGUGAUCCCGCGGACAUGGGUCGGAAGGUGGUCCCCGUGAUGAAGCCGGCCGAGAGGAUGGCCCACGAGGGCCUGGUGCCCGCCAGGGAGGCUGACUCGGGGUCUGUGGGUGGCGGAGUCAAGCUGCGCAAGGAGCUGGGCCUGCUGGACGGCGUGGCCAUCAUCGUGGGCGUCAUCAUCGGCGCGGGCAUCUUCGUGUCCCCCAAGGGCGUGCUGCAGAACUCCGGCUCCAUCGGCGUGUCCCUGCUCGUGUGGGUCCUGUGCGGCGGACUCAGCCUCAUGGGCGCGCUGUGCUACGCCGAGCUGGGCACCAUGAUCCCCCGCUCUGGCGGCGACUACGCGUACAUCGGCGAGGCGUUCGGGCCGCUGCCGGCCUUCCUGUACCUCUGGGUCGCCCUGUUCGUCAUCGUGCCGACGGGCAACGCCAUCACCGCGCUCACCUUCGCGCAGUACAUCCUGCAGCCCGCGUGGCCCACGUGCGAACCGCCCGACGAGGUGAUCCGCCUCAUCGCCGCCGUCGUCACCUGCGUGCUGACCGCCAUCAACUGCUACAACGUCAAGUGGGCGACGCGCGUCCAGGACCUGUUCACGGGCACCAAGCUGCUGGCCCUCGUCGUCAUCGUCCUGGCCGGGCUGUACGCGCUGGGCGCCGGCAAGACGGAGAACCUGCAGCAGCCCUUCAAGGGCACCAUCACGUCGCCGGGCUACAUCGCGCUCUCCUUCUACUCGGGGCUGUUCUCGUACGCGGGCUGGAACUACCUGAACUUCGUGACGGAGGAGCUCAAGGACCCUUACCGCAACCUGCCGCGCGCCAUCUGCAUCUCCCUCCCGAUGGUCACCAUCAUCUACGUGCUGGCUAACAUCGCCUACUUCGUGGUGCUCACUCGGGACGAGCUACUGUCGUCCAACGCCGUCGCCGUGCUGUUCGGGGAGAAGAUGCUGGGCGUCAUGUCGUGGACCAUGCCGGUCUUCGUGGCGUGUUCCACGUUCGGCGCCCUCAACGGCGCCAUCUUCGCGUCGUCGCGCCUCUUCUUCGUGGGCGCGCGCCAGGGCCACCUGCCCGCCGCCAUCGCCCUCAUCAACGUCAAGAGGCUCACCCCCGUGCCCUCCCUCAUCUUCCUGUGCAUCAUCACCCUGGUGCUGCUCGUCAUCAAGGACGUGUACGUGCUCAUCAACUACGUGAGCUUCGUGGAGUCGUUCUUCACGCUGGUGUCCGUCACCGGGCUGCUGUACAUGCGCUACUCCAAGCCCGACCUGCACCGGCCCAUCAAGGUGAGCAUCAUCCUGCCCCUGGUCUUCUUCGUCAUCUGCACGUUCCUGGUCACGCUGCCCAUCUACGUGUCCCCCGUGGAGGUGGGCGUGGGCGUGGCCAUCAUCCUGGCCGGCAUCCCCGUCUACUUCGUCUUCAUCCACUGGCAGAACAAGCCGCAGUGGCUCACCAGGUCGUCGCACGCGUUCAACACGACUUGCGCCAAGCUGUUCGAGUGCGUCCUGGAGGACGAACGGUGAUGCCCGGAUGCCCGCCGCCGUGCGUCCCACUGGCUGUGUUUCUGGUUGCCAUUCCAGUCGCGCUCUCGCUCUGUUCAAGCUUGGCCUAGGCCUUGGCCUUGGCGCUCGCCCGAAAGCUCCGAACGCCGUGCAAGCCGUCUUUGCGGAGGGGGGGACCGGCGACAACGUUCAGACCGCUGCCAUCUUCCGGAAAGGAAGUUCACCUGUGAUACACGUAGCUUGACCGAGAAUACUAAGGAACGUCAGGGUAUUUGAAAAUGUUCAUGUUGCUUCAGCGCCAUGCAGAGGAAGUGGACCAAGGAGGCGAACUUCUCCUUACUUUGGAGGCGUCGCACCAAAAUUUGACCCAGCAGUGGUUCAUACUUUUUUGUUGGUUUGGGGAAUGUUACUUUAUUUUUAGUACACACACUUAUGUUGAUAUGCUAUGCUUUAUUUAUUUUUGUGCAUUAGACUAGUCAUAAUUUGGCUAACUAGUUCCUCCUAAAAGUUAGUAAAACAGUUGUGUAUAUUCAGGUUUAUCGCUGUUAAUUACCUUCGAAAGUGAAGCAUAUCUAAUCACAUAUGUAGAAUCAAGCAAAGUACCUCCAUGCGUAAAAAAAAAAGUUUCAAUUACAUUCGAGCCUUUAUUUAUUAUUUACCUUACAGAUGUUUUAUGUUGAUGUAAGGCGUAUUGAAUUAAGAUUAUAUAGUAUGUAUUUAUUUGUGUAAAGCCAUACAACGGCGCAAAAUACUUCUAAUUUUAUGGAAUUAAUUAUAAAAAGAAGUGUGUCCUCGUACAUCACUGUCACUUGUACAAAACGUUUAUUGUGGCUGCUAGACCCCUACUUUGUACAUAUUCGAUUAAUUUUUCUACGUCGGGCGUUUUAUAGAGUAUGUGAAUGAAUAGGUUUAAGAUGUUUUUAAGAUGUUACAAUUAUAAAUGGCAUCAUUGCGACCAAUAAAUCCAGUGUCAAAGGC